CCGAGCCCGCGGCACCUCCGGGUCGGGCCCGCGGUUCCUCGGGAUGGGAGCGGCGGCGGGGCUGGUGCUGCUGUGCUGGGCGGUGCUGGGGGCUCAGCGCGCGCUCGGAGAGGAUGGCAGCAUGGUGCAGCUGCCCGGAGGCACCUUCCAGAUGGGAUCCGGCUCCCUGCAGAGGAGGGGCGAGGAGGCGCCCGCCAGGGAGGUGACGGUGAAGCCCUUUGCUCUCGACAGACACCCGGUGACAAACAGGGACUUCAGGGAGUUUGUUAGAGAAAAGAAAUACAAAACAGAAGCAGAAGCAUUUGGCUGGAGCUUUGUCUUUGAGGAUUUCGUAUCUGAAGAGCUGAAAAAAAAAGUCACCCAAAAACUGGAGUCAGCCCCGUGGUGGCUGCCCAUCGAGAAGGCUUUUUGGAGACAGCCCUCAGGCCCUGGCUCCAGCAUUAAGGACAGGCUGGAUUACCCAGUGCUGCACGUGAGCUGGAACGAUGCUCAGGCCUUCUGUGCCUGGAGAGGGAAGCGGCUCCCGUCGGAGGAGGAGUGGGAAUUUGCUGCCAGGGGAGGACUGGAGCAAAGGAUGUAUCCCUGGGGAAACAAGUUCCAGCCAAACCGUACAAACCUGUGGCAGGGUGCCUUCCCUCAGGGGGACACGGCUGAGGACGGCUACCACGGCGUCUCUCCGGUGACAGCCUUCCCUGCCCAGAACAGCUACGGGCUCUAUGACCUGCUGGGAAACACCUGGGAAUGGACAGCAUCAGAAUUCCUGGCUCCAGGAAGGGCAUCCAGGGCCCAGAAGAUGCAGGUGCUGAGAGGGGCCUCAUGGAUUGACACUGCAGAUGGCUCUGCAAACCACAGAGCUCGUGUCACCACCAGGAUGGGGAACACACCAGACUCUGCUUCUGACAACCUCAGCUUCCGCUGCGCUGCCGACAUCCCGCCCGUGCCAGCCUGGAAAAGCCAGAGCAAGCCUGAGCUCUGAGGGCUCACUGGGAACACCUGAGGCAUUUUCUCCUGUGGAGAUGAACAGUAACCCCCAGCUGUAACUUCCAUUAAACCCCAGUGGUUUCUAAAAUUAAAAAUAAUUUCAGCCUUUUCAGUGCUGGGAUGUCUGGGUGGCAGCAGUGAUUGGGAAGGCAGGAAGGGGGGUUUGUCGUUAGUGUCCUUUUGGUGUGGGAGACACUCCAGCUCUCCUGUUGUUGUCCAUGUAAAGCAGAGGGGUGCAUGUGUGGGACUGGGCCAGAGCUGCUGUGACCUCCAGUGAGGGGACACCCACAGCCCCCUGUGAUCAUCAGUGUGGGGCUGCCAGGGGAGAAGUGAUGGGGGCACAUCCAUGGAAGGGGGAGUCAUAAUCAGUCCCCAUUCCCUUGGGAAGUCCCAGCUUUGGAGCAGUGCUGAGCCUUCCCAGAAGCAAAACAAGGCACCUUCACUGGCAUUUGAGCAGUGACAAAAUGAUGAGUGUGACAGAUGUGUGUGACAAACCAGUGCCCCACCUCUCCCAGGAGUUAUAACCAGCACAAACUCUCUGUGCAUGAGCUCUGCACCAAACUUGACCAGGAGCCUUGACCACAAGGAUGGGCAAGAACCCUGCUCAGGGAUCCCUCAUCCACCUCUAACUGUCCCAAAACAGGCACUGCAGCUGCCUGAGGGCUGAGCCUUCCCCAUGGGGAGCUGCAGCUGGUUCUGGCUCUGCUAAAUGUGGCUUCUCCAAGCCCAUUCCUCCAGUGAGAUACACCCCAGGAGCAAAUUGUUUCCUGGGUUUGUAUUUGCACCAGUCCAAGUGAAAUAAAAUUU